AUGGAAGAUACUGAGCUUGAAGAAGGGGAAGCUUGCUCUUACCAUAAUAUUAAUCACAACGACGACGACGAUUAUGUUGCGAGCAUGGACCCUGAUAUUGACCUCUCUUACAUAUUGUUCUCUUAUGCUUUAGAUCCAAAGGAAGUUCCUGACACAAUUGCCUCUCGAAAUUAUUUGAAGUUUGUGGCACCUAGUUCAUACCUGUUUAUGUCUGUACUUUCCUUCUUUCCUGAUAUGCAACUGCUUUCUUCUAUUCCUUUCUUUUUCAAGGAUGAAAAACUACAGGAUGUCUUGGGACAUUUUCAAAAAGAUUUUGAAGGUGGAGUUUCUGCAGAGAAUCUGGGGGCAAAGUUUGGUGGUUAUGGUUCGUUUUUACCUACCUAUCAGCGGUCUCCUGUUUGGUCUCACUCAAGGACCUCACCAAAAAUUCAACAUUGCAAUGCAUCUAGAUCUCCGAACAAUUUGCAACUGGAGGGUGGCCGCCAUAGCUCUGUAUCUUCUUCAACUGCCUCUCAAUCAGUAAGACCUGAGCCUUCUUCUACAGUGCUGAAAACAUCAUCCUCCUUGAUUGAGUCGGUUCAACAAGAAGCAUGUGGGCCAUCCACUCAUUUUGCUGAGGAACUUGCUGCUAGAGAUGAAUAUGUAAACAGGGAAUCUGCUAGUUUUCCAGACCAGAAAAUGCUGAAAGUUCGAAUUAAAGUUGGUUCCGAUAACUUGUCGACACAAAAAAAUGCAGCAAUCUACACUGGUCUUGGGCUUGAUGUCUCACCAUCUUCCUCACUGGAUGACAGCCCCUCAGAAAGUGAAGGGAUGUCUCAUGAACCUCAAGAUGCUCAUCUUGAAUCUCCUGCUCAUAUUCUUCAGAUAAUGACAUCUUUUGCAGUGCAUGGAGGUCUUCUGCUAUCACCACUUCCUGAUGAUCUACUCCACUUGAAAGAGAAGGAAAGAUUACUUAAAGACAGUGAAUGCUUGCCUAUUCCAAGGUUUGGUCCAGAAAGUUCUUGCAUUGUAAUGGAUGGGUCUAGCUCUGUAAAGGGUGAUGGGACAAUGUUUGGAGAGAAGAAAAUAAAGUCAGUAACGAGAAAUGAACUUUUAACAGAAUCAAAGAGUGAUGUUUAUAAGGAUUCUGGGAGUGGUGUUGGUGUUAUAUCGAAGGAGAUAGAACUUGACAAUUUUGGUUGUGAGGAGCUUGUUUCUAAUACCUUAAAGCUUCCACUUUUGUCAAAUUCAUAUUCUGCUGUUGUUGGCACUUCAAAAGGAAUGGGUAGUGCAUCUAACAUGUCCAAGGGAGCGUUGAGUGACAAAGGUUUUUCUGGUCUACCAAAAGAAGAAUCACCGCCGACAAUAUUUACCCAAGAGAAUGACUGGAUCAAGAAUUCCAAAUCCAAGUCCGCUGGAAAGGUUUGGGAAGAUAGAAAAGCUAGCACUCAUGGCAGUGAUUCAGUCUCCUUAAGGAAAGAUGGCCAUCGCAAAGGAGAAAAGCGUCAUGAAUCAGUCAAAAUUGAAUCGAAUGUUUCAAAGGGUAGGAAGGCUCUAAAUCAGGCUCCAACAGAACCUCCCAGGCAGAAUGCUGAUGAGAAAGCUAUGUUCUGUGAACAGGAAGGUAUAAAUUUACCUCAUGUUAAGGAGUCGUCUUCUGAGGGAAAAAAGAAGCUAAUGGGAAGUCAAAGUCAUGGCACUGUAAUUACUGAGACACCAAACGAGGGUUUGAGGGUUGGCUCGUCUUCGGCACCAAAAAAUAAGAAGAGCAUUUAUGCAGACAACUACACAACUAAAGGGGAAUCAGGGGACUUGAAAUUACAAAAGAAUUCUGGGAAAGCUGGGGAUAGAUAUAGAGAAUUUUUUGGGGACAUAGAACUAGAACAACAAGAAAUUCAGACGAGUCCAUUGGUAAAGAAUUAUGAGGAUGGGCUGGAGGACUUUGAAAUGGUUGAAAAGAGCUCGCAUGGAACUAACAGCAUGUCCAAGGAAAGAUCAAGCUGUAAGAAAGUGGAUAAGCUGUUAACAUCUGAACCAUUUCUUAAAGCUGCUUCAAUUGGUGCUUUGCACAGUGGAGAGGGGUCCAUGCCUGAUACUGUGCCCGAUGAAGAAAAUUGGGUCUGUUGUGACAAGUGCCAAAAAUGGCGGCUUCUUCCACCUCGUACAAAUCCCGAUGACCUGCCUGAAAAGUGGCUGUGUAGCAUGCUUGACUGGCUGCCUGGUAUGAACCGGUGUAAUUUCAGCGAGGAUGAGACAACACUUGCAACUCGGUCACUUAGACAAAACAAUUCUGGUGGGGAUAUAUCCAAAGUAAUUGGGGCUGAUGUUUGUUAUCCUGUUCAGAGCCACCAAAAUUUUGGUUCACAUGCUGUGCUUGCCAAUGGAAGAAAAAAAUACGGUUCAAAAGAGUUACCGAAUAUGAUGUAUAAAGACGAUCGACCUACUCAGUUGUCAAACCCUAUGAAGAAGAGCUUCCAGGUGUCGGUGACAAAUGGAAGCAUAAAUGAUGUGAAACCAACUCCUGUGGUAAGUGAAUCGGAUUCUUUGAAGCUGAGAAAGUCUAGCAAUUUAGCUGUGGAUAAACGCAAAGAUAAGCCGAGAGAGAAGCAUAGAGGACUGGACAACUGUUCUGACCGAGGUGGUGGUUCUAAACGAUCAAAGGAGAAAGGCAAAAGGGACCCUGAUCAAGAUUGUUUUAGAGAUUCUAAGAAAAUCAGAACUGAAGGUUUGCCCAAAUACAAUGACUGCGCUUCUAAGAACAUAAAGCAUGAUCAAAAGGACUGGGCGCAACUUUCUGCCAAAAAAUCGAAGGAUGAUGCCCGCAUGUCCUUGGAUAAUGGGUCUCUGGCUAUGGGGAACAGUGAUGAUAGAGAUACCAAAAAGAGGAAAGUGAAGGAAAGUCAUGAUGGUCAACUCUAUCUGGGUUCCCUUCCAAACACAGGGCAUCAUCUCCAGGAUAGUAAUAUCUUGGCCAGGGAGUUCUGUGAGAAUGGCUACAGGGAGGAUAAGAAGGUCAGAGUAUCCAGCUCCAAAAGGAAGGAGGCCAGUGGAAGUAAAAGCAACAGUACAACAGACAAAAAUGGUAGUCAUAGAAAGAACCAGCAACUAGGACAUGACCUAGGGAGCACCAUAUCUCAGCGGAGCUUGGAUGGUGUGGAGUCUUUGAAAAGGGAUUGUGGAUUGUUACCUCUGGCGGCUACUUCUAGCUCUUCCAAAGUUUCUGGUUCCCAUAAAACCAAGGCCAAUUUCCAUGAUGCAAAAGGCUCACCAGUAGAAUCUGUUUCAUCAUCACCUAUGAGAGUAUCAAAACCUGAAAAGCUUGCAUCAUCAAGAAAGAGCGUCACCAAGAAUGAUAACUCUGCUGAUGCUGGUUUCUUUGACCUACAUGGCCCGAGAAGGUUUUCAGAUGGGGAAGAUGAUGGUGGGAGUGAUCGAUCUGGGAAAGCAAGGAAUACAAAAACUUUUGUGCAGAUUGUUCCUUCUCCAGAUAUUGCAAAUGGGCACCUCACAAAUGGUGUUGUAGAUAUUUUAAGCCAAAAUAAUCCACAUCACAGUAAAUCGGCAGCUUUGGAUCCAUUCCAUGAUGAUGAAAGACGAAACGAAAAUCUCCAUCUUGUGAAUGGGUCUCGUCCAAGGAAAUCUGGAAAGGGUUCCUCUUCACGGUCUAAGGACAAGAAGAGGAAUUUUAAUUCUGAAUUUGAAAAUGAAGCUAAGGUUUCUACUUCCUUUAAUGCACAAGCACCUUCCUAUGAAGUAAAACCAACAAGUUGCAUAAACAAGACUGAAGUGAAGUUUGGGAUCAAAUCCGAGGAAAAUGAGAAUAGAUAUGUUGAUAAGAAGGACUCUGCAGGACUAGUGUUGAACGGGAAUCGUAAAAGAGAGUAUCAGUUAAAUGUCGGGGGACCCAGUGGUUCGGAUGUUAAAGUAGGUGGUGCUUGCAAUCAUGAUACAGCGUUUACUCCAAAGCAGAGUGUGCUGACAGAUGGUGAAACGGUCCGUGAGAGAGUGAAGUCACAAUCAUUGCCUUCUUCUGGAGGAGCUGAAAAUGAGACACUUGCUGACUUCCCUCAUCCAAAUUCUGGAUCUUGCCAAGGAAAUGGAGCAAGUAUGUUGGCUGUUAAUGUCUCUGCUGGGAAUAAUGAAAUAAAGGGGUCCAAACAGAUCAGAAAGGGUGAUCAUCCAAACGGGAAUCAUCAUCAUCAUAGCAGUUCCAAAAAUGCCUCAUCAAAUGGGCACAGGGUCAGGGAUCUUGAUGCUCCAAGUCCAGUUAAAAGGGAUUCCUCCAGUCAGGCUGCUAACAAUGCUUUGAAAGAAGCUAAAAGUGUGAAACACAUGGCGGAUCGUCUUAAGGUUUUUAUUGUUGAUAUUUUAAGAAUUUGUUUUCUUUACUGUGCCACUCUUUCCAAUGUUGGCUUUCUUCUGCAGAACUCGGGGUCAGAUCUUGAGAGUACAAGGGUUUACUUUGAGGCAGCUCUGAAGUUUCUUCAUGCAGCAUCUCUGUUGGAAACCUGUAGUGGUGAGAAUGCCAAAAAUGGAGAGCCAAUGCAAGUUUACAGUAGCACUGCAAAACUGUGCGAGUAA